CUGUUCCACCAGUGUGUGUUUGUGUAUUGGUGUGUGAUGGAAGCCGGCAUGUCGAAGCAGGCGAUAAAAACACGGUAUAAGCCGAAAAGUGAAGGCGAUCUUCCAACAACAGCGGCAUUGCCGUCAUCGUUGGCACUGCCGCCGACAACGACGGUAACAACGACGAAGACGACGAUGGCAGCGUCAUUGUCAGCGCCGGUGGCAACGCUGACGGCGACGACGCAGAAAACGACGCCGGCAAUGACGGCGGCAACGACGCGAGAAAUGACGGUGGCAGCGACGGCGGCAGCAAAAAUUAUGAUUAGUCGCCACACCCAGUGGGAGGAUCCACGACGAGGGAUGAAUAAACAGAUAAAACAACAAGUCCACCGAGCGUUACAGAAAGAAAGAAAAAAAGAAAAUAAAGUUAUGUACGCUCGCCGUUACGUUGGCGGUCGCCGACGAUGGACGUCGCCUGACGCACCGUCCACAUCGACCGCACCACACGCACCGGCACCGGUCGCACCGGCAGUACCACCCGCACCGGCACCGGUCGCACCGGCAUCAGUCGCACCGGCAGUACCACCAGCACCGGUACCGGCCGCGCCGGUAGUACCACCCGCACCGGCACCGGUCGCACCGGCAUCAGUCGCACCGGCAGUACCACCAGCACCGGUACCGGCCGCGCCAGCAGUAUACGCACCGUGGGCGCCGGCAGGAUACGCACCGCCCGCGCCAGCAGGAUACGCACUGGCUGCGCCAGCAGGAUACGCACCGGCCGCGCCGGCAGGAUACCCACCGCUCGCGCCGGCAGGAUACGCACCGCCCGCGCCAGCAGGAUACGCACUGGCCGCGCCAGCAGGAUACGCACCGGCCGCGCCGGCAGGAUACCCACCGCCCGCGCCGGCAGGAUACGCACUGUGGGCGCCGGCAGGAUACGCACCGCCCGCGCCGGCAGGAUACGCACCGUGGGCGCCGGCAGGAUACAAAUAG